AGACUUAUGCGGGGAGUGUCAGAAUCGGCAGCUUUUCGAUUGUCUCCCUCAUCACUAUAACUUGUCCAACUCCGAGUUUCAGCGACCAUUUCCUUCUAUCUACCUGUCAACGUAUCCCUAUCCGGCUAUCCCUCCGAAACCGCUCUUUUCCUUCUUUUUCUUUUUUAUAUAACUUUACCUCUGAAGCUCUCACGCCUCCAAUCCCCAUUACUUGUCACUCGCUCGCUGUUGCUGCCACUACUGCUUCCACUGUUCAAUUUUUUCCAAUUCCAAUUAUGCGCAGCUCUUUUUCCCUCUAGCCAUGUCGUCGGAAAGUUCUCCCGAGUCGGCGGCUGAGCCCCGCGCGCCUCUUCUUCGUUCCCGCCAGGGGUCCUCUGAUGCACCCAGGACUCCUACCCUCGCGCUCCUUCUCGGUCGGGCCGUCGGCCGUCGGGGACCCUCCAUGCUGGUGAGGGAGACGGCGGCUCGCGAGCUGGAAGAGCGAAGGGCCGAUUGGGGCUACUCGAAGCCUGUCGUGGUUCUUGACAUCACGUGGAAUAUGGCCUUCGUGGUGGUGUCGUUUGUGAUGCUUAUUUUGACGACCAACGAGAAGCCCAACACGCCGAUCCGGGUCUGGAUCUGUGGGUAUGCGGCGCAGUGCUUGGUUCAUGUGGUGCUUGUGUGGCUCGAGUAUAGGAGAAGGACUGGCAGGGUUUCGCGGAUGCGGAGGGCUCAGGACGGGGAUACCGGAGCUCGAAAUAUCGAGGAUGUCAACGACAGUGAGGAUGAGGAAACCGGAGAUGGGAGUUCAUUGAAUUCGUCUCGCUCUGGAUUCACGAAACGAUGUGAAUCAGUGAAUACCAUGGUUUCAUUCCUUUGGUGGAUAGUUGGCUUUUAUUGGGUGAUCUCAGGUGGUGACACUCUUCUGCAAGAUGCUCCACGUUUGUAUUGGUUGGCUGUUGUUUUUCUGGCAUUUGAUGUCUUUUUUGCCAUCUUUUGUGUUGUUUUGGCCUGCUUGAUUGGCAUUGCCCUCUGUUGUUGUUUGCCAUGCAUCAUUGCUAUUCUCUACGCAGUUGCUGGACAGGAAGGUGCAUCAGAAGCAGAUCUUAGCCUACUUCCAAAAUAUAGAUUUCGCAUAUUAAACAAUGAGGAAAAGCCUACUGGUGGAGCAGGAUCAAUGGUUCCUUUAGAAACAACUAGUGGGUACCUGGCAAAUGAAAGAAUACUUCUACCUGAAGAUGCGGAAUGCUGUAUAUGUCUCACUUCAUACGAGGACGGUGCAGAACUCAAUGCUCUACCCUGUAACCAUCAUUUCCAUUCUACAUGCAUUGUGAAAUGGUUGAAAAUGAAUGCAACUUGUCCUCUCUGCAAGUACAAUAUUCUUAAGGGAAAUGAACAGGUGUGAACAAAAGCUUUCAAAAAACAAGGUGCUGGUCUUCCAACUGCUCUUGUCUAUGUGUAGAUAUUUAUGCUAAGUCAAGAAACUGUUGAUUAGUUGCUGGGAUUUGCUGCCGCUGUCUGCUUAGAGGAGAGAGAAAAAGGAGAAGAGCUUCUUGGAGUAUUUAUUGAUGAAUAAGCGAGAGACUUCUGUCCAUUGCACCGCACUUUGUUUUUUGUUACAGACUUGCGGUCAUUUUUUAGGUUUAUCGUUUUUCCUGCCUUGAAUAGUUCAUAUAGGAGAAAGAGAAGUUAGUCGAAGUUCCCAGUUUCCGAAUGGCGGAUCUUAUGGAUUUCUUUAACAACUUUGCGGUAGAUUUUGGCUUGACAUUCUAGUUUGUUCUGACAGUGUUAUCAUGGUUUCUAUCCCAUUCCAUCCUUAUUAGUUAUUA